GCAGGGCGGAGCCGGUGUCUCCUGGCUUCCGUCACGUCCGGUUCUCUGUCAGUCGUGAGCGAGCGAGCACGGGGCUGUUAAGAAGCAGGAGCGGAGCAAUGCCUAAAUCAAAGGAACUUGUUUCUUCGAGCUCUUCUGGCAGUGAUUCUGACAGUGAAGUUGACAAAAAGUUAAAGAGGAAAAAGCAAGUUACUUCAGAAAAACCUGUAAAGAAGCAAAAGACUGGUGAAACUUCAAGAGCCCUGUCAUCUUCUAAGCAGAGCAGCAGCAGCAGGGAUGACAACAUGUUUCAGAUUGGGAAAAUGAGGUACGUCAGUGUUCGGGACUUUAAAGGAAAAGUCCUCAUUGAUAUUAGAGAAUACUGGAUGGAUCCAGAAGGUGAAAUGAAACCAGGAAGAAAAGGUAUUUCUUUAAACCCCGAGCAGUGGAGCCAGCUGAAGGAACAGAUUUCUGACAUUGACGAUGCAGUGAGAAAACUGUAAAAUCAGAGCCAUAUAAACUUGUACUAGUCUAGUUGUUUUAACCUGUCUUUUUACAUUGGCUUUUGUUUUCUAAACUUUUUUCCCAAGCUAUUGUAUAUUUGGAUUGCAGAACAAUUUGUAAGAAUACUUUUUUUUUUUAAUGUGCAUUAAUUAAAAACGAUCUAAGUGAAGCUCAUUGUCAACUUCAUUAAGGAGGAUCGCUUUGUGCCCACCACCUAGUGUAAAAUAAAAUCACGUAAUACAA